UACGAACUCCACACGCACUGCACUCUUCGGAAUCGAGCCCUUUCUCUAUUGGGGAAUGCGCACCUAACACGUCACCCCACAGUCGUUGGGCUCUAGACUCACGUUAUAUGAGAUAUUGCAGCAGAAGAGAUCUCCAUUGACGGAGCAGAUUCUCACCACCUCUAAUUCUAAUAGGUACAAUAAUAACUCCUCCUCAUCCCUUUGCUACUGAGUUCAUUCUCAUUCUUCCCCUCCCCCCACACGCACGGCCAACUGGCUAGCCACUUGCGGAGACGACGAUCAUCUCAGCGCUUAUCAGCUACUGAGCGAGAACCAUAAUACUAAACGGCAUAACGCCCCAUAUUACGCCGCCAUCUCGACAUUUAUAUCAGCCAGGUUCCCUACACCUCUCAGUGAUAUCACUCAUUAGUAGUGCAUAGCCUUGGUGUGUAACAAGACAUCGUCCCAUGGUGGGCUGUGGAGGAGCGGUUUUUUAAAAAGGGUUUUCUUUUUUUCCUUCCGAAGUGAGAUAAGGGAUCUUAACUACUCGCCAUCAUGAGACCAUAAGUGCCCCAAACACCAUGGACCCUAUUCUACGCCGUACCCGAACACCUACCGCCAGGUUGGCGGCCCAGCAGAUCAGCCCUCAACUACUCAAUGGCUGUUUUCACGAGGCUGACCGUGCCGACUUGGUCGGUUUCAACCUCCAAGGCUUACGAAAUGCUCUCCAUGAGAAGUUCCAUCCUCACCUGAACGGGAUUAUCGAGGAAAUCUAUAACACGAGCCGACUUCUUCGAGACCUUGCAGAACAGGCGCAGAUACACCUCUCUCAGCUGCCCGCCGUUUUUGAUUACCUCAACGUCAUCCUGCCAUGCCUCUGCAAGACGCUACGGGAUAUCAAUACGUUCUAUGAGGAUAAGUCAAUGAACAAGGAACACCGUUGGAGAGCGAUGUACCAUAAGUUGAGCAACGAACUCCCCGGUACGACUUUGCCGGCUAGGUUUAUCAUGUACAACCAAUUCCUGAGACUGCUCCAAGAUCUUAUGACGAGGUCCCCGAACUUUGACUUGAAUGCAAUGGAGUCUCUGCGAAUCCGCAUCCUUCAAUUACGUGAAGUCAGAAAGAUCCCCCCUCCGAAUCCCAUUAGAACCGAUCUCAUAAGACGAGACGAAGCUUUGGACUUCUGGAACCGGGAGACUAAUUCACAUUGGGCCGAGGCAAUCUUUACGCAACCACUGCCGUCCCGGAGGGAGUUCAAGGUUCAAGGACGCUCAGAUGCAUACGGUCCUCUGCGGAAGCUUGGCCAUCUCCCGCCGCUCUCGCGAGAUGUCAAGAUACUAGUCAAAAGAUCGUUUGAUAGUGACCGCAUCUCGGUUAUCUUCUUCCUGCAACUGAGAAACCAGGCACCGUCUCUAUUAAUCCGCUCGAAAGUUGCCAGUCAAAACUGGGUAUCGGUCCUCGGCGUCCACGAACUUUCUAUUCGGCGAGAGGGCGAAACCGUCUUGCACCUGUCCACGUGGAACACGGCGGAACAGCGGAUCGUACCCUGGGCAGACCUGUCCUUCUUGACCUGGGAAGAAAUGGUGCUGUUCUACUGCACAUUUCUGUGCUUGAGGGUUCGCAGCCAGCUCACGCUCAAAGUGAGCCCUGCCGAGUUCCACCUCCGCAAGGAAAAACGCCUAUUCCAAGCCCAAAUCAUCGAUGACGGAUAUCAGCACGUUCUUAUGGUGUUCGAGGAUACUGUCACCGGUGGUUGUCGGCUCCACGCGGCCGUCUGGGAAGGCAAAAUGCGAGCAUGUCCCGUCUGGACGGCAUUCAUUCCCCCGAAUGUGUCUUCGUCCUGGCUCCUCCGCAAGUCCAAGCGGUGCAUCUGGCUGCGCGACAUCCAGCCGUACGUGUUCUGCGAGACGUAUCGGCCAAUAAACCAGCGCAGAGGCAAGUUCAGCGCGUACGAGCUACGCUUCGCGCACAAGGAAGCCGCCACGCGAUUUCAGGAGCUGUUCUCCUCGUCGCCCGAGACAUCGGCCGCGUCUAUCCCCGACUCGCCCUUGGAUAACGAUGUUACUACGACUGAAGGUAGUCAGUAGACUGGUCAGAGAACAGCCAGCGAGGAUAGACAAAGAGCAUGGUUCUCUUGAGACGAUAGCCAAACAAUAACAACCUUAUGGACUGCCCUUGAAAGCGCAGGGACGGGAAUCUAUGUCGAAAAGGAGACGACCGCCCAACAACCCCACUAAAAUACCUGGUGUCGAUUUGAAUAUUAACUAUCCUUCACAUUGUAUCUACGCUUACUCAGCCCACCCUCCCUCAAAAAGUUGCCAUUUCCGCUUCUUUGCUUCUUCGAAUGUCCCAUAUUUGCGACACCGAGCAAUAAAAAGGAAAGAAAAAAAUAUUUACCUACUUAACCUGCCAACCCAUUCAUCCCCUACGCUCUUACGAGAACACGACAUCAGACGGCAGAAACGCAUCUACGGGGAUGAACAGAACCACGAGAUAACGACGCCCACGACGCACGACACUUUUUUUUCAUUUGUGUUAACGACUUUUACGAACGACGAGAUUGACGACUAGCGAUGAAACUAGCAACGACAAUAAUGAGGCGAGAGAGGCAGAUUGAGUGAUGAUACCCCCCUUUUUUCUUAUUUAUUUACGUAGCAUCUAGCGAGUCUUUGAUUUUUAUUUCCUUGUCU